GCUCAGCCCGUGCGCAGCCAACACUUUCCAAGCCAACGUGAUAUAAAUACUACGGCCUUGUCCAUCCUCGAUCGAUAAGUUUUUUUGGUACGGCAGCAACUGACUGCACAUCUAUAUAUAAAACCCACGGGAAAAGUGAUCACCAUGCCAACCAAAGCAUACAUUGCUGUCUAUAUUGGCGACCCGGUUGAUUUCACAAAAUAUCGUCAUACAGCCCUUUUUUUCGAAUUUCCUUCCUAUUCACUCCUCAUGCAUAUCACUGGGGCCCAGGGCUUCUUUGAAUUUCAGAAACAGGAGGAUUACGACCCCAGAAACAGCCGUAAACUCGCAAGUCUGAUCAAAGUGGAUGACAUCUCAGACUCAUUCACACCGACCUCUAUCGAAUCAAUCGUUUCCACAACCCCGAUCAGAAAUGGGCGUGCAGACAGAGAUUGGAAUUGUCACAACUGGGUGGGAGAGGCUCUUAAUCGAUUAAUAGAAGCUGGUUCCUUGGAAUUCUCAAAGCGAGAAGCGGCAGUCGAUAAAAUGAUAGAUAUAUGUAUGGAAGCUCGCCAUGAAGAAUAAACAGCGAUUCAUUCUCUACCCAGGCAAGCAGCCAAUAUACUUCAGCUUCGAGGACAGGAUACAGCGAUCUUGAAAUGUUUCUGUGGUCAUA